AUGGCAGACUACAGCAAACCCCCAUCGUCCGUGAAGAUCCCCAUCAAGCCCUUCAAAGCCCAUCAAAAAAUCAAAGACUUCCAAACCCUCCUCUCCCUCUCCCCAAUCGCCCCACCCAACUACGAAAACUCGGACAAAUCCGUCGACCGCCGCUACGGAGUCUCCCACGCCUGGAUCACCCACGCCAAAUCCCACUGGCAGCACAACUUCAACUGGAGAGCACAUGAAGACCAUAUCAACUCCUUUCCCAACUUCACCGCCCAAGUCCAAGAUGACGAGUCUCAUGAUUUCGAAAUCCACUUCGUCGCCCUCUUCUCCCAGAAAGCAGAUGCCAUUCCUCUAGUCUUCUACCACGGCUGGCCCGGUUCAUUUCUCGAAUUCCUCCCCAUUUGCAAGCUUUUGACGCAGAAAUACACGCCACAGACUCUGCCCUACCACAUCAUAGUCCCCAGUAUCCCAGGCUACGCCUACUCCUCCUCACCCCCUCUAAAUUUCGACUUUAGUCUCGAAAACGCCUCCGAAGCCCUCAACAACCUCAUGAUCGGCUUGGGAUUCGACAAACUCGGAGGAUACAUCGCUCAAGGAGGCGAUCUCGGUUCAAUGAUCAGUCGCUACCAAGCGGCGAAUUGCGAGGCGUGUAGAGGGAUGCAUUUGAACUUCUCCCCCAUUUCCAGACCUGCGAAUGCCGAGGAGUUGGCCAUGGGGGAGGUGGAGCGGGAGGCGAUCUCGAGGGGUUUGGCGUUUCGAGAAAUGGGGAGUGCGUAUGCGCAUGAGCAUGGGACAAGGACGGCGACGAUUGGGAUGUGUUUGAGUGCUAGUCCGCUUGCGUUGCUUGCGUGGAUUGGGGAGAAGUUUUUGGAGUGGAGUGAUGAGGAUCCUCCCCUGGAUGAAAUUCUCGAAUCCAUUACACUCUACUGGAUGACGGAUACUUUUGCGCGCUGCAUCUACCCUUACCGAGGACUCUCUGGUGAUGAAGAACGGCCUCGGAUCGCAAAAGUCAAUGGGCGUGGUCGUGCGAGACCCUAUGUCGAGAAACCUUCGGGAUACUCCUUUUUUCCAAAAGAAUUGGUUCCCAUGCCAGUGAGCUGGGUCGCUACGAGUUGUAAUCUCAUCUCUUCUGCUAUUCAUUCCAGUGGUGGACAUUUCGCUGCCAUGGAGAAACCCAAGGAAUUGUUGGGAGAUGUAGAGGAGUUUGUUAGGAAAGCUUGUAAAGUUUCUGCCGGGGGGAAAUUGUGA